AUGCCACAACGAGCAUCGAAUAAAGUAAAAGUUUAUGUCCGAACUCGUCCAACAAACCAUUUUGCAUCCGAAGUUCUCGCAAUCGGACGAGAUAAUAAGACGGUCAAUCUGCACCGAGCACCCUCACAGAAUAUCAUUGAUAAUAAAGUUAACGAUUGGAUGUUUCAUUUCGACGGAGUUUUCAACAACGUGAAUCAAGAAGAUAUCUUCAAUGCUGUCGCAAAGGAUGUCAUUCAUCAAACAUUAGAUGGUUACAACGGUACAAUCAUGUGUUACGGUCAAACGGGUGCUGGGAAAACUCAUACAAUGACUGGUUUUUCUGAAAGUUAUCAAAAUCGUGGAAUUAUUCCUCGGAGCUUGCAAUAUCUCUACCAAGAAAUUGCAACGCGUCAGGAAUUUUCUUAUUCCAUUCGCAUCGCGUAUCUUGAGAUUUACAAUGAUCAAAUGUGUGAUUUGCUUCGAACUUUGAAUUCUCAAUCGGAUUAUCAACAACAGCAACAACAAUUAUCUAUUGGUGAAGAUUCGGGCUUAGUUUAUGUGAAAGGAUUAUCCUAUCGGCUUGCAAAUAGUGAAGAAGAAGCGUUGAAUUUAUUAUUCGAAGGUGAAACCAAUCGUGCUAUAGGACAACACGUUCUCAAUAAACAAUCAUCUCGUUCUCAUUGUAUAUUUACUAUUCUAAUCGAACGUCGAUCGGCCGUCUCAUCAACGGAAAAGUAUACAAUGUCGAAAUUAAAUCUCGUGGAUUUAGCUGGCAGUGAACGAUUAGCAAAAACGAAUUCGGAAGGUGUCACAAAACGUGAAGCAACAUUUAUUAAUAAAUCUCUCUCAUUUCUCGAACAAGCGGUACUCAAUCUGUCGGAUAAAAAAACCAAUUCUCAUAACUGCCGAAGUUCGAAAUUAACUCAUGCAUUGAAAGACAGUAUCGGCGGGCGAUGUAACACCGUUAUGAUUGCGAAUAUUUGGCCUGAAUUACAACAACUUGAGGAAACAAUCUCAACACUUCGUUUUGCUAGUCGAAUGAUGUGUGUGCCAGCUGAACCAACUGUGAAUGAAGUGAUCGAUCCUAUCAAAGCAAUCGAAAACUAUAAACGUGAAAAUAAAUUGUUACGGGACGAAUUAGCUUUGCAUGAUUCGAUAGUCCAACGAACUAAUGCAGCACAUGAGUCCUUAUCGGAACAACAACUCUACGAAAUUGAAAAUCAAUGUCGUCGGUUUAUUGAUGGAACAUUAGAUGAUAUUGAAGUGAAAAGUCUUCGACAAAUACAAGCGGUAUUCAAUACGAUGAGAAAUAUUUGUCGAAUAACGGAAAAAGAUGCAGAAAAAAAAUGUCGUGAACGAUACGCUCCUGCAGAUAAUCAAGGAUACGAUCAACAGAGCGGUCAUAAAAUCUCUGGUAUCACUCGAGGUGCUAACAAUGCAAACGGUUUAGGUGGCGAUCUUGAUGGCCAAAAUUUCGCAUCAGGUGUCUCUUCCAAAGAUCAGCGAGGUACUAAAGACGGUUCCCUCAAAACUGCACGAAAUAAAAAGCAAAAUACAAGUACAGCAAAACUUCCAGCUGCCCCAGCGAAUAAUACGAAGGCUAAAUCUCCAUCACCUCCAGGUGUAAAACCAACUGGUGUGAAUGCGCCACGCAUCACAACAACAGAUGAGGAACAAGUGAAAGAAACAAGUGAAGCUGUUGAUGGAAAAGAUCAACGUCCAAAUACACCACCAGGUCGAUCGGCUGCAUUCGAAGAGUUCAAACAAACUCGAGGUUCAAAUUUGAAUCGAAUCUACCUGGAAAAUAAGGAAAUAACUGCGACGAAAAAGAAACAAUUUGCUGAAUUUGCACGACGGAUCAAUCAAACCAAAACAGAACUAGAUCAAACACGAAGUAGAGCAGAACAGAAGAAAAAUGAACGAUUAUCCAUGGGUGAAUUUCUCAAUGAGAAUGGUGAAACGAUUAUUGACGAGGAAGAAUACGAACUAAUCUCGAAAUUACAAGAUCUCAAAGGUACAUAUCGUACCGAUUAUGAACAAUGGAAGAAUCUCAAAUCGGAAAUAACAUAUUGUCAAAAUUUGGUUGUUCAAUGUCAAAAUCGACUUCUUCAAGAAUUUGAUAUAUGGUAUAAUGAAACUUAUGUGAACGAAAAUAAUACCGGUGGUGUCGGUGAUUUUGCAUCAUCAAGUAAAAUCAAAAGUGAUUAUCUCAUUCUCGAUGAUGCAGCUGAACGCUUUGAACGUAUGCAAAAGGAAUUAUUAUUAACCGAUCUUGACAGCAUGCCAUUCCGACAAGCCCAAAUGAAAACGAAUCGACGUCAUGUAUUUGAUGCAGCAACUGCACAAGGACCAUGGAGACAAGCUCCAGCUGCAACAGUAACAAGCGCCAAUCGCACAUCGUACUUCGAAUUGAAUUAUGAUGACGAACAAGAAUCUCUUCCAUCGAUAUUUACAAAUGGUAAUCAACAAAAAUCGAUAGUUCGAUAG